CCGGUGUAUUGAUCGAAUUGGCAACAAAAGCGCAAAGAAACAAUGAACGCUGACGACUCGCAAUGCUCCACGCCGGGGUGUCCCAACCUAGCGCAGUCGUACGGCUUGUGCUCGUCCCAUCUAUCCCGAGUGCAGGCUCGCGAUCUGCCGCAGACUUCAUUCAUGGACGCAGGCCAUUCGUCGCUUCGCAGCCCCCCCACGCAACACCAUCGGCAGCAUCAACACCAGUCGUCGCAGCCGUCGUCGACACAUUACGACACGCCCACGUCGGUUCAGAGCGGCUCAGACAACUCGGACGAAGGAGGGGAGCAACCUGACUCGGUGGUGCGUCGCGAGAGGAAUCGCAUCGCCGCACGCAAGUCGCGCCAACGCAAGUUGGACAAGAUCCAGCACCUCGAGAACGAAAAGGGACGGCUGGAAGGCCACCGCAACCGCCUCAUCAACGAGAUCCGCAUGCUCGAGAGUCGCAUGGAGGGAAGUCUUGGCACGACGAAGAAGAUGUUGUCGGACGUCGAGUACGAAGCGCUGCAGAGCGAGCGCGUGCGCGUGAUCGAAGACGUGCACGCCAUGUACAACUCGCGCAACAUCGAGGACUCGACCAAGUACUUCCGGGAAGACUCGAUUGUGUCUGGGCCGCAGAACUCGGUGCAUUUACGCGGCAAGGACGCGAUCGUGCUGGACUUUCUGUGCACGGACGCGCUGUUUGAGAACUUUCAACUGAACCACACGAAAAUCGACAGCGGUGGCCCGCGGUCCCAGCAUUUCCGAGUGUACUGGCUGUUCACAGGCACGAUCAAGGCUACAGGGUCGUGCUCGGGCAAGGAGUUCCAGGACUUGUUCGGGAAGGUAGUGGGCAAGACGCUCACGAUUGAAGGCGUGUCCAACUACUCGUUCAGUGGCGACAAGAUCGUGUACAUUCACCGCACGGCCGACCAAGCCAAGCUCUUGUCGACGCUGGUCAAGUUGUCCAAAGUGUAAUUCCCUUGUAGUAGUAAUGUAGUAUUGCAUAUUUCCGUUACAUAUGAUAAAACAGUACUGUAUUGGGAAGAAAGAAAGAAAUGGAUUGGAA